CCGGUCCUAAAGAGGCAUCAGGAAUGGGCGUUUGUGUGCACGGUCGUGUGACCUCGGCGUCGUUAAGGUUUGGUCGCUAAGAAAAUGCAGUGGGCUCGUCUUUGAUCGAGUUUGGCUGCCGCCCGGGCCCCUGCGGGGCCGCCCCGUCCUCGCCCGCCAGGUCCCGCCCCGGUGGGUGGAGCCACGGGCCGGGCCAGCACGUGUAAGAGUUCGCGGCGGGUCGCCGCAGUCACUCACCUGAGCGCCUCGGUCUGAGCGCGCACGGCCCGCGCGUCCUCCGCCCGCCCGCUCACCAGCCCGCCCGGCCCUCGACUCAUGUCCCGCCGCAAGGCCGGCUGCAUGCCCCGCCGAGUAGACCCCGCGCCCGCCGCCAACACAGACGACGAGAUGGAGAUGCCGGCCCUCGUCAUCGAAAUGAAGCCGGAGCCGGACGUGCGGCCCCUACAGGCCCCGGGGCUGGGGCCCUUCUCCCCGAAGGAAGUGCCCACGCCGAGGCGGUUCGAGGGCGAACCCCGCCGUUCCUCCGGCCCCGUGCCCGUCGGGAGCCCUCUCCACGCCCUCGGCGCGCGGAACCAGUGGGCACUGUGGACGCCGCUGAUCCUCAACCCUCGCGACCGCCAGCCCUGGACCGACAAACACCCAGAUCUGUUGACCUGCGGCCGCUGCCUGCAGACCUUUCCUUUGGAAGCCAUCACUGCUUUCAUGGACCACAAGAAGCUGGACUGUCAGCUUUUCAGAGGCCCCAGCCCCGGCCAGGGCUCAGAACGCCACGACCCCAAGGCCCUGGGCUGCUUCCGCUGCGGGAGACAGUUCUCAGGGGCCUGGAAACUGCUGCGCCAUGCCCAGUGGGACCACGGACUGUCCAUCUACCAGACGGAACCCGAGGCCCCGGAGGCCCCGCUGCUGGGCCUGGCAGAGGUGGCCGCUGCCGUGUCGGCAGUGGUGGAGCCGGAAGCGGAGGCCAAGGGCCCCCGGGUGAGCAUCCCCCCGCGGCGGAGCCCCACCUGCCCCGUGUGCGCGAAGACCCUCAGCUCCUUCAGCAAUCUCAAAGUGCACAUGCGCUCGCACACAGGCGAGCGGCCCUAUGCCUGUGACCAGUGUCCCUACACCUGUACCCAGAGUAGCAAGCUCAACCGCCACAAGAAGACCCACCGGCAGCCACGGCCUCAGAGCCCCUUCAAGGCCAGAGCCAGCCCAGAACAGGCCUCUGCCGCUGCCCCUCCUGAGCCAGCGGCCCACGCCGCAGCCCCGGCCAGCACCCUCCUGUGCGGCAGCGGCGAGAGCGCCGGAGCGGCCGCCACGGCGGGGGUCCAGGAACCCGGGGCUCCCAGUGGUGGGGCGCAGGUGGGCCCCGGCGGGGCCAGUUGGGAAGCUACCGCCAAGGAACAGAGAACUGAACCUGCGAAGGGCCCGACGUCCCCCAAGAAGCUGCCAAAGCCGGCGGUCAAGAGCCGCGGGCCCGGGGGCAGCUGUGAGUUCUGUGGAAAGCACUUCACCAACAGCAGCAACCUGACGGUGCACCGGCGCUCACACACGGGCGAGCGGCCCUACACCUGCGAGCUCUGUCCCUACGCCUGUGCCCAGAGCAGCAAGCUCAACCGCCACCGCCGCAUGCACGGCCUGGGGCCGGGCAGCACCCGCUUCGAAUGUCCCCACUGCUGUGUGCCCUUCGGCCUGCGUGCCACCCUGGACAAACACCUGCGGCAGAAGCACCCCGAGGUGGCCGGGGACGCCUGAGGCGCGGGAACGCCCUCUCUGCGGUCCCUGGUACCACCGUUACUGUGCUUGUCGACCUUGGCCUUGGCUCUGCUGCGAGUAAACCUCCCGCCUAGAACACA